CCCUAGAGCCGGGGUCGCGCCCCCGCUCGGGAGAAAGCUGGCUUUCAGCCGAUGGCUCCGGUGGUGUCCACGCUGCGGGCCGGGUCUGGGGCCGGGGCCAGGUCGCUCCCCCAUCGGGUGCUAAAGCAGUAUCUGCUGCUGCUCCGUCUCUACCCGGUGCUCACCAAGGCGGCCACCAGUGGGAUUCUGUCAGCAUUUGGGAACCUCCUGUCCCAGAUCAUUGAGAGAGUCCGGAAAAAGGGAAGAUGGUUUCAAAAUCUGGACCUCACAGGGCCUCUCAGAUAUGCUAUUUUUGGCUUCUUCUUCUCAGGGCCUCUCAGUCACUUCCUCUACCUGUACCUGGACCACUGGAUCCCUGCUGCUAUCCCCUUUUCAGGAGUCAGGAGGCUCCUGUUGGACCGACUCGUCUUUGCACCAACCUUCCUGUUGUUGUUCUUCUUCUGCAUGAACUUUCUUGAGGAUGCUUCCUCUCCUGGCCCUGUGCCUUUAUAUCCCCCAAGACUGGAAUACAUUCCCUCCUCAUCUCUGCCUCUUGGAAUCCCUGGCUUUGGGCAACUGUUGGAGAAGAGAAGGUUCAAAGUAAAUGUCCCAUCUGUAAAAACUUAAAAAAAGGGAAAAGACAUGGCAGCCUUCUCUGCAAAGGUGAAAACAGGUUAUUGGCCUGCUCUACAAAUGAACUGGAAAGUAUGGACCCC